AGCCUGCUCUGGAUAGCCUGUGGAAGCACGUGCUGUCUUAGCAAUGGCGACCUUGCGGCUGUCCCGCACCUUCAUCGAUGCAGAAGAGGGAGUGAACGACUCGACCUGUCGGGCCAGGAGCUUACCAGCGGAAGCACGUGCGGCCGCAACAUGCGAGGUUGAGGAGUCUGAGUGGCCUCGCAUUUCAUCGCCUUACUUUUUGAUGAUCUCCAAAGUACUCCCCCACAAACGAUCCCAUAGAACCUGAGAAUUGACCCGUGGAAGACGAUGUUCCUCUACAACCCAGUAGUUUGGGCGUUCCAUGUGGUCCUCUGCAGGGGAGUAUAUAGAUGGACAUGUCCCUUUUUCCAACUUCGAAGGAUGUUCGCCUCACCAAGGCUCGGUGGAGGGAAGUGCAACGAGCUCCAACAAAAGCCAUCAUCUGCAAAGAGGUGCGUAGUUUCACCUCGGAAGACCAACCCCCUCCCCCUAGGUUCGGUUAAAAGACCAUCUACCCAGCCAAGGGCGAUAUGUUGGGGGGGUUCUCCCAAAUACACCGUUCCAUACCGUUCCUUGCUGUUCCUUGCUUGCUUCAGGUACGUGGCGAGUUUGCGACGCGAGGUCGAAGUCGAUGGCCAACUUCACUUACCAGCGGCGUGGUCGUGGGAGUCGAGGUCGAAGAGGCAACGAUCCAAGCAGAGGUUCCAGAGGAGCAACUGACCGUGGGCAGCAUAGGCCAUCCUGUCCUUUGCCGGCGCGCUUGCGUUUGGUUUGCCAAGGGGAUGUGCAGUCACAGUGCCAAUUGUUCCUAUUGUCACCUGCCUCACCAUGCGAAUAUCACCUUCGACAAGCGCCAGUGGCAGCAGUUGCAACAGAUGGAUCUCGCUUCCCUCUUGGCCAUCCUGCUGCCGUCGCUCCGCGCCACCUUGGCAGCGGCUGACUUGCCGAGGGAACCCGCAGCACAGUUGUUGGCCACAGUGGAAGCGCAGGCUGCACCCACUGCACUGCAGCACGACCGCCUGAGACCUGUGGGGGUGCUUGACCUUGCCAGUUCGGCCGAGGCAUGCUUCAGCGAACCGUUCGGAGGAUGUCAUUGUCAGCGAUGGUGUUUUGCGAACUCCUCCAAGAACAUGUCGACCAUCUUCGUCAUGAGAUGACCCUCCCAUAGGUGUCGCUGUUCCAGGUGUCAACCACCUCCCUAAAGGAUGUGGACGGGCUGAGACCAUUGAAAGGCUCGACCAGAUCCUUUGACAUGCAAGAGUUUAAUGGGUCCACCAGCUCCUUAGAUGGACUUGAACUCCGUGUUUGUGAUUCGGCUCUGAAACUCGGCGCUGCCAUGACUGUCAUGGUGCCAACGUUUUUGAGCAGCCUGGCGGUGGGAGAGGUGUCAGCGCAUUUAAUGGGCUGCAGUUCACUCCACUAGCCGGGCGCCAAUACAGUCAAUGAACAUUCAGGUGAAAUAUUGCCUGAGAGGCUUAGGACAAGCCUGUGUCCAUGAUUGCUGGAGAAAUGCUUUCACUUCCUUUUUGAAGGCUGCAUGAUGUUGUACAAGGUUGCAGGUCGCCCACGUGUUCACGGCAUGGGUUUGUGGAAGCCCUUUAAAUUCGGAGUUUGCCGCGGACAAAAACUCUUUAAAGCUGUUGCACAGAUCAGAC